AGGAGCAGGAGCAGGAGCAGGAGCAGGAGGAGGAGCACACAGCGCACUUGAGUGACAGGUAAUACCUGUCGAUCUCGAGGACCUUUCCUCUAGUGGACCCCGGAGCCCGUCCGCUGCUUCCCAUUGGCCGAAUCAUUGUGGAGCGAGCCCAGCGAUUGGUCGCUGACAUUGAGUGACUGUCGCUGACUCAGGGAGUCGACCAGGAAGUGGAGGUGUGUUCUGUGGGCGGGGCCUCAACUGAAGAGACGGGUGCUCCACCUGCGGCUCCCUCACUCCAGCACGCGCAGACCGGAGGAGGCGUCGCUCUGCAGCUGUCUCACCAUCAUGUCCCACGCGAUGGCUUCCUGUCAGGAGUUUGAGGUCACCGUCCACACCUCACCUGGUCCCACCUGUGGAACCUUCAGCCGCCUGUGGCUCAACCUGAUUGGCUCACAGGGGGAGACCCCGCCCAUCAGCGUGAGCGAGGGCGACCACCAUCUCCUGCCCGGGUCGUCGUGUCCAGUUCGGGUCCGGGCCGACGGUCCUCUGGGUCGUCUGGUUCUGGUCCGGCUUCGUCUGGAGGCUCGGACCGGAUUGCCCGACCUGGACUGGCACUGCAGCCGGGUGGAGGUCCGUGAGCUGGCGGGCGGUCAGGAGGCGGGGCCAGGUGUGACGGGGGCGGGGCCUGAGAGGGAUCCACAGGUACAGGAGUUCCUGUGCGACCGGUGGCUGCAACCAGCAGAGGGCGACGUGGAGCUGAGGAGUGGAAAGUUGUGUUUGCCGCAGGACGAGACAGAAGAGAAGCUGAAGCAGCAGAGACUCAAACAGCUGCAGCUUCAGCAGAAGCUCAUCAGAUGGCGUCGGUUCGUCGACGGCGCUCCACAAUGUGUCGACGUGAACAGUCUGGCUGAACUCGGGCCGAACCUCAGCUACUCGCACAAGAGUCCGACCCCCAACGUGCACUACCUGAAAGGCUUCGCCGGCCGGACCGAGGCCUGGGCCAGCUUUGCAGAGCUGGAGGCGGUUUUCGCCCACAUUGGACACCAGAACCGCACCGCCGGGUUCGUUAAGGCUCACUGGAAGGAGGACUGGUACUUUGGUUACCAAUGUCUGAACGGCUGCAACCCGCUGAUGCUGCAUCAGACCCGCCUCCUCCCUCCAAACCUGUCCGUCACCGCUGACAUGCUCCGCCCCUUCCUGUCUGGAGGCUCCUCGCUCGAGCAGGAGCUAGAGAGGGGGAACGUUUACCUGCUGGACUACGAGGUUUUGGACGGCGUCCCGGCCAACGUCAUCAACGGCAAGCAGACGUACCUGUGCGCCCCGCUGUGCCUUCUCCACCUGAACCGCCAGGGACAGCUGGUCCCCAUCGCCAUCCAGCUGCAGCAAAGUCCCGGCCCCCAGAACCCGGUCUUCCUGCCCUCUGACCCCGGCUGCGAUUGGUUGCUGGCUAAGAUCUGGGUUCGCUGCGCAGACUUCCAGUGCCACCAGUUGGCCUCCCACUACCUGAGGACCCACAUGCUGGGAGAGCUGUUCUGCGUGGCCACGCUGAGACAGCUUCCAGAACCGCACCCGCUGCACCAGUUGCUGAUGCCUCACGUCAGGACGUCCCUACAGAUCAACUUCCAGGCCCGAAUGACGCUGCUGGCUGCUAACGGGGUGUUUGAUAAGGCGUCGGGUUCUGGUCUGGAGGCGUUACCUGUCCUCCUCUCCCGGGCCUCAGACAGGAUCUGCUAUGCAUCCCUGUGUGUCCCUGAAGACCUGAUGCAGCGCGGCGUGGACAAACUGCCUCAGAGCCACUACGCCCAGGACGCCCUGAGGGUCUGGGGAGCCCUGCACAGGUUUGUGGUCAGCUGGGUGGAUCUGUAUUACCGUGGAGACGAUGAGGUUCUGCAGGACUCUGAGCUUCAGCUCUGGAUCAGUGACAUCAACGCUCACAGCUUCAACCACAGCUCAGGUUUCCCUCCGACCCUCCGAACCAAAGCAGAAGUGUCCACGUUCGUCACCAUGGUCAUCUUCUCCUGCUCGGCCCUCCACGCCAGCCUCAACUUCUCCCAGCUGGACUUCGCCCUCUGGAUGCCCAACGCUCCGGCCUCCAUGUGUCGGCCUCCUCCGCGGGUCAAAGGCUCGCUGACGGAGGACGACGUCGUCUCCUUCCUGCCGGACGUGAACUCCACCUGUCGCAUCCUGACGGCGCUCGCUCUGCUGUCGCAGCCCGCCGUCGACUUUGUUCCGCUGUGUCACUACAAGGAGGUGGUUUUCAGAGACCCCGCCCACCGCCGGCUGGUGGAGGCGGUGCAGGCCGACCUCGCGGCCAUUUCUGAUGACAUCACGCAGCGCAACAGCCAACUGGAGCUGCCGUACCUGUACCUGAGUCCCGGACGCGUGGAGAACAGCGUCGCCAUUUAAAUCAUAAACAGUUAUGUUCAUUUUGUAGCUUGUUUACUUCUUAAUGUUUCACUAAUUCUUUCAUGUAGUGAUUUAAACACUGUUAGUAAUCAGUCGUUAAAUCUAUGUUAUUCAACUUUACUUUAAUAACUACAGCUUGUGUUGAAGAUAAAUAGAGAAUAUGUGAUAUCGUUAUUUCUUCCGGCUCAUUCAAACACCACAUUCAUUCAUCUCCAUUUAAACGUGACAAAGCGGGACUUUAAACUACAUUUAAUUGUGUUUUAAACAUUUAAACAUGUUUAGAAUAUUUGUUUUGUUGUUUUCUUUGCAUUUGCUCAACGGCUCUAAAACGUGACUGCAGGAUGUAUCAAUGCAUUUCAAUUAAAUAUUUAAA